GAAUUAGAGGGGAUUCACGCUGAGCUGAAGAAGAGGCUUCCUGGAUUGAAUGGCUGGGGAGACCUGCGUGUCAGCUAACCGGGGCAUCUGGUUGUGAGCUAGUCUUAGGUGUAAGGAUAUCUGGAUCUCAGCUUAAGGACUGGGGACACCCAGGAUACACCUACGGCCAGAUUUGUGUUAGUGGAGAAGGAGGUAUGACAAAUAGACCAGGUGCCUGGGAUCUGUCUUAAGCCGGUUCCGAUUUCUUCUCCAACUCCUCAGUCUAUCCCACCUGCACCAGAACUGCUUGGACAGUGCUGUUGGCUGUUUCUUCUAUCACCACCUUCACUCUCCAAGUGACCCAGAGACACACCUCUAAAAUGCUCCUUUCCUUCUGAUUUGAGACUAGGAUGAAACUAGGAAUUUAAACUAUGCCCCAGAUGUCCCACAGACUGGGCCAAUCUACCACAGGCCUACUUCAGUUAGGUUUUGCUCCGACUCCUGGUUUGAUAAACUCAACCAUCUCUAGGAUUUGGAGAUGUCCUCCACUUCUUCUUUAGAAAACUCCUUUCCUGCUUUGUGCCAGGAGGGAACAGGGCUUGACACAGCUUAAUCCAGUUAGAAGGUCAGGAUUGAUCUUCUGGCUUGGGAGGGAAGAGAAGGAUCGGCUGUAGCCAGACCAGAGAGAGGCAGAGGGAUUGAGGACACAUAAGAUAGUAUUUGUGACAAACAGGACUAGAGAGUGUGGACAGUUCUUUCUAAGACCAAGACUCGGUGGAUGAGGUCUGAGUUGAAGGACCAAGAAACCCGAGCCUCAACUGGAGAUCAGGGGUGCCUGGGUAAAUGAUAUCUGGGGGGAUAAGGGUAAACGUUCACUUUCUCCUUUCUUCCCACUCCAGCCCCAGGAUGUUGACCGUUGCUUUUCUUGCCCUUCUUUGUGCAUCAGCCUCUGCCAGUAAGCUUCAGGCCAGCUCCUCCUCUUUCAGUGGAGAGUAUGGAGGCUACGGAGGAAAGCGAUUCUCCCAUUCUGCAAACCAGCUGGAUGGCCCCAUCACCGCCAUUCGUGUCCGAGUUAACAGCUACUACAUCAUAGGUCUCCAGGUGCGCUACGGCAAGGUGUGGAGCGAUUACGUGGGUGGCAAGUUGGGAAAGCUGCACGAGAUCUCCCUGGACCCUGGGGAAUCAGUGGUCCAGGUGUCGGGAAAGUACAGGAACUACCUGAGAAAGCUGGUCUUUGUGACUGACAAGUCCCGCGUCUUGACUUUUGGGAAAAACAGAGGCAAGAAUUUCAAAGCUGUCCCCUUGCACCCCAACACUGUGCUACGAUUCAUCAGUGGCCGAUCUGGCCAAUCCAUUAUCAAUGCCAUUGGCUUCCACUGGGAUGUCUACCCCAGUAAACACGAGAACUGCUGAGUUGUCCUGCAACACUGCAGUGGGGGUAUGGGAACCCCUCACCACUAACCACCAUCCACCUGUCUCAAUGAAAAAGAAAUAAUAAAAGGGCAUGGCUAAAGUGUGUGUAUGGGUGCCUGCAGCUGGGGUCCACCUCUUGACUCUGGGUAUGGAUGUGUGACUCUCAUUUCUGGCUAUUCGUCAGACGUCAAUCUGGGGAAGAGUGGGAGGAUGAGGGAGAGAGGUGUAAGAAUCCUGGGCUUUUCUUCAUGAUUUAUUAAGAGGAGAUAAGAUUCUGGCCUGCACCAAUUCUUUUUUUCAAGUGUUUACCCAAACUGGAGUUCUAAGGCUGAAGGUAAGACCUAGUUGUGGUUUAUUGCGAAAACCCCAGAUGUUCCACUCUCCAGCCCUUUUCUCCCCUUUGUCUUCCCCUUGAGAUAGUGCCUCUCCACCAAAAGGCUGUCACCUCACUCUCCUGACCUUAACCCACUCACUGUACAUGGGUGGCCUGAGCCAUCAUCCUUUGUUAUUUCCCAGAACCCACCUGACUCCCAAAAUUUAGCCUAAGUUCCUGCCAAGGGCUUUGCCUAUUACCCCAGCCUAGUUCCUCCCCACCUUUACUCAUAAGCCCUGGUGUCCUUGCUCAGCUCUCUCAGACCGCAGUUCUUUCCUCAGGAAGCCACCACCUCCUCAACAGCUUCUACUCUGCCAAUAUUACCCUCAAAACAAGGACAUCCCAAGGUGGGGGGGUGGGGGGGUAGAGAUUUCCAUCAUGGGUUUCCAUGAAAAGAAGGGGCUGGUUAGAGUCCAGGGGAAGCAUUAGGGUGACUGGAUAGAUUGAGCAAGGAUACAAAGUUGCUUUGGAAAUAAUUCUUA